AUGAGUCACCGCACAGCCAGCACCCCGCACAGCCAACCGGGGACCGUCACCUCCCCAUCUAUAGGGGGCAUCACCUCUCCAGGACAAGCUUUCGGGACCCCAGCCACCCUUUCCCAGGGCAAGCUUUCGGGACCCCAGCCACCCUUUCCCAGGGCAAGCUUUCGGGACCCCAGCCACCCUUUCCCAGGGCAAGCUUUCGGGACCCCAGCCACCCUUUCCCAGGGCAAGCUUUCGGGACCCCAGCCACCCUUUCCCAGGGCAAGCUUUCGGGACCCCAGCCACCCUUUCCCAGGGCAAGCUUUCGGGACCCCAGCCACCCUUUCCCAGGGCAAGCUUUCGGGACCCCAGCCACCCUUUCCCAGGGCAAGCUUUCGGGACCCCAGCCACCCUUUCCCAGGGCAAGCUUUCGGGACCCCAGCCACCCUUUCCCAGGGCAAGCUUUCGGGACCCCAGCCACCCUUUCCCAGGGCAAGCUUUCGGGACCCCAGCCACCCUUUCCCAGGGCAAGCUUUCGGGACCCCAGCCACCCUUUCCCAGGGCAAGCUUUCGGGACCCCAGCCACCCUUUCCCAGGGCAAGCUUUCGGGACCCCAGCCACCCUUUCCCAGGGCAAGCUUUCGGGACCCCAGCCACCCUUUCCCAGGGCAAGCUUUCGGGACCCCAGCCACCCUUUCCCAGGGCAAGCUUUCGGGACCCCAGCCACCCUUUCCCAGGGCAAGCUUUCGGGACCCCAGCCACCCUUUCCCAGGGCAAGCUUUCGGGACCCCAGCCACCCUUUCCCAGGGCAAGCUUUCGGGACCCCAGCCACCCUUUCCCAGGGCAAGCUUUCGGGACCCCAGCCACCCUUUCCCAGGGCAAGCUUUCGGGACCCCAGCCACCCUUUCCCAGGGCAAGCUUUCGGGACCCCAGCCACCCUUUCCCAGGGCAAGCUUUCGGGACCCCAGCCACCCUUUCCCAGGGCAAGCUUUCGGGACCCCAGCCACCCUUUCCCAGGGCAAGCUUUCGGGACCCCAGCCACCCUUUCCCAGGGCAAGCUUUCGGGACCCCAGCCACCCUUUCCCAGGGCAAGCUUUCGGGACCCCAGCCACCCUUUCCCAGGGCAAGCUUUCGGGACCCCAGCCACCCUUUCCCAGGGCAAGCUUUCGGGACCCCAGCCACCCUUUCCCAGGGCAAGCUUUCGGGACCCCAGCCACCCUUUCCCAGGGCAAGCUUUCGGGACCCCAGCCACCCUUUCCCAGGGCAAGCUUUCGGGACCCCAGCCCCCCUUUCCCAGGACAAGCUUUCAGGGUCCCCCCUCCUCUUCUCGGUCCAGGCGGUACUGAUACACAGGAGGAGGGAACAAAGUGUCUCAGGACACGCCCCCAUCCGGAUUCCGGGGACAGAGCAUUCCAGGGAGGUGCAGCCACACUCUGGUGACUACGGGGGGGGGGAUUUCCCCUGUGGGGGUCCCCGGACACCCUCCGAUGCUACAGAGAGGGCGGAAGGCGGACAGACGGAUCAUGUCAGCAGAGAAGAGAACGAUUCAAUGUAA